CAUACAGCGUGUGCAGUCCGAUCCCGUCGAUCUGGGUGCGUUUUAUUUCAAUCACCGCGUUAAGAAAAAAAAAAAAGCAGAGACUUUCACCGGAAUGCACGCGUUUUCUCUCUGAUUUAUCAUUCCUGCAGGGUUUUCUUGUCUUCUUGCAUAUGGGAAGAAUGUGAUAAUGGAGCGGGAGAAAAAUAAAAGGGAGUGGAAACGGACUGAGCUCGAGAGAUAAGAAAAAAAAGCAAGAGAGGCCGUCCAUUUUGUCAGAGCAGCAAAAAAAAAAAAAAAAAAAAAAAAAAAAAAAAAGAGAGAGAAGAUGGAAUUCAAGCACAAUCUGGAGGAAGGAAAAAAGAUGGAGAAACGCGCGCGCCGUGCCUUAAAAAUGGGAUGAAUAUUUGGGAUGUGGUGUGUUGAUGAUUCGGAGAGAGAAAAAAUGGAAAGAUGAACCAGGCAUGAUGAAGCUGCUGCAUCUUCUUCAUCCUCAUCAUUCGGUCCUGUCUGUCCUGACCUGGAUUUAUCUCGGAUUAAAUCCGCACACACUCGGGUUUAACCCGGGAUUGUAAUCUCGGUUGUUGGAUUGAAGAUUGUGCACUGUUGCAGACUUUAUGAAGUGGCCUAGUAUGCAUCAUCUAGUGUGCAUCAUCUAGUGUGCACGGACCUGCAUCCUGAGCAUCUCACCUGUACCCUCUCAGAUGAAAAGGUCAAAGGUAGACACCAAUUACAGCUACAUCGUCAUUAAAGGAACGUCAUUAAUCUACAUAUUUUUGGAUUUGAAGAUCCACAGUUUGUAUCUUGACACUGAAUGUCUGACUCUCAGCUAGGACAGAUAUCAGAAUACACGUUCUUCUUUUUUUAGAAAUUAAUUUUUCAUUCCAGUCUGACGUGGUUGGAGUUAAAGGGAUGUAUUUGUAUUGACUUUUUGACUUUUCCACUUUUGGAAGUGUAAAGGGAUGUGAGGUCCAUAAUCAAGAUCACACCUGAGCCCUGAUCUGCAUUUCGUCUGAAACCGGACGCAGCGUUACCGAGAAAACUGUACAAGUCCUUUAAAGGGAGAAUCCAACGUUUCUGGAAUUAAAAGAGACACCUUAAAGGUUUCUGUUGGGGUUUUUAAAUUAUUAUAAUUUUUUUAGAGCGGUCCGUAAUUGAGAUCACUGCUGAGGAGAAUGGGCUGCUGUGGGAGCGUGUGCAUCCUUUAAAGGGUAACUCAGAGCUGGCUGGAAUUAAAUGGAGACGUUCAGGGUUUCUUUAAUAAGCAGUGCAGCACCAGUGGAGACUUCCUGACGUUUACAAAAAGCACACAACUGAUCACCUGAGGAAUGAGGGUUCUUCCUCAGCAAGAGCUCUCUGGCGGUGGGUUUUGAACACACAACCUUCUGAUUAAUAGCACAGAACCUUAACCACUUAGCACUUUUCCAGAAUCCAGUGCAGCUGGAGCUCGGUGCUUCCUCAAUUUUCCUCAUCCUCGUCUCGUUUAAUCAUCCUCAGGGUUAAAGGGGGGGUGGGGUGGUGGUGGUGGUGGUGAAAUAAACAGUGCUGGAUUUUUGCACUUUCUCCCCCUCGGACAUUCACUGUGCUGGAUGUGUUUGUAGUGGAUGACCUCUGAUGACCCCUAGUUACACUCCGGAGUGCGUUCCAGAGAGCGUGCGUGCUUUCCCGAGUGCUGCUGGAGGACGGGUUGGAUUGAAACCCUACGAGACCGUGAGAACUGACCAAGAGGAGGAGGAGGAGGAAGAAGGAGAUAUGAGCUGUGGAUGGUGGUGAUGAUGAUGAUGCUGGAUACACAGAAUGCGACUCAAGAGCUGGGGGAGGAGGUGGAGGACGGCGCCGUGUUUUCCAUCUCGGUGCGCAGGGUUCAGGUGCAGCCGUCGGUCAGUAAGGGGCAGCGCUGGCUGGGCGUGGACUCGGACUCGGCGCUGAGUCUGUACGAGACGAGUAAACUGCGCACCAUUAAGGCGGGGACGCUGGAGAGGCUGGUGGAGUACAUGGUCUCCUCCUUCAGAGAGAACGACUCCACCUACGUCACCAUCUUUCUCUGCACAUAUCGUUCAUUCACCACCACCAACCAGGUGCUCGACCUCCUGCUCAACAGAUACGCUAAACUGCAGCACCUGCCGGGGUCAGAAGGUCACAGACUCACACACGAUGACCGCACCGAGCUCAGGAACACCAUCUCGUCGAUCCUGGGAGCGUGGCUGGAUCAGUACUCGGAAGAUUUCUGGAAGCCGCCGGAAUACAGCUGCCUCAGACGCCUCAUCUCCUACCUGCAUGUCAACUUCCCCGGAUCAGACCUGGAGCGACGAGCCUGCAACCUGCUUGGACAGUUCCACCGCAGACUGCAGCAAGAACCUGAGCCUGAGGUGCUGGAUCACGGGUCGUGUCCCUUCUCCCUCCUGGAGGAGAACGGUUAUGAGGAUGAUCGGCCAGACUUCCUGACCUUUGACCCCACGGUGGUGGCCGAACAGUUCACCCUCAUGGAUGCGGAGCUGUUUAAGAAGGUGGUGCCAUAUCACUGUUUGGGCAGCAUCUGGUCUCAGAGGGAUAAGAAGGGAAAAGAACAUCUGGCUCCCACCAUCCGAGCCACUGUUACUCAAUUCAACUGUGUGACCAACUGCGUCAUCUCCACCUGCCUGAGUGACCGCACGCUCAAACACACACACCGCGCCAAAGUGCUCGAGCGCUGGAUCGAGGUGGCCCGGGAGUGUCGGAUCCUGAAGAACUUCUCGUCUCUGAGGGCGAUACUCUCGGCGCUGCAGUGUAACGCCGUCCACCGGCUCAAGAGAACGUGGGACGAGGUGUCGCGGGAGAACGUACGCAUCUUCCACGAGCUCUCCGAGAUCUUCUCUGACGAGAACAACCACUCGCUCAGCCGAGAGCUGCUCAUUAAGGAAGGAACCUCCAAAUUUGCAACGUUAGAGAUCAACCCAAAGAGAGCACAGAAGAGACAGCAGCAGCCCAGAGACCUGAGUGUGAUGCAGGGCACCAUCCCCUACCUGGGCACCUUCCUGACAGAUUUAGUGAUGAUGGAUACUGCCAUGAAGGACUACGUGGACGGUGGUCUGAUCAACUUUGAAAAGAGAAGGAAGGAGUUUGAGGUGAUCGCUCAGAUUAAGCUGCUGCAGUUGGCGUGUAAUAACUACAAUUUCAGGAGGAACGCUCGGUUCAGAGAGUGGUUCAGCACUGUGGAGAAACUCACAGAGGCUGAGAGCUACUGUUUAUCGUGUGAGAUCGAGCCUCUGUCCGAGUCAGCCUCCAACACGCUGAAGGCGAAAAAGAACACAGGAAUCAUCAAACGUUGGAGCGAUCGUCAACCGGUGAGUUCGUCUGAAGCGAGCUGCAGCAGCGCAGGAAGUUCUCACUCCAAAUCAUUCGAUCAGCUGCGUUACCCGCCAUGUUCUAGCAGCGUUGGAGGAGGAGGAGGAGGAGGAGGAGCGGAGAGGGACGACAGGAGAGGAGAGAGAGGGGGAGAAAGAGGAGACGACUCGCUCAGCGUCACCUCCGCCGGCUCCAGCAGCUCGGACGUGGAGGAGAUCAACAUCAGCUUCAUCUCCGAUUCCCCCGAUACGCACGAGAAAAAGACGUCGACGCCGUGUGUAAAACAUUCACACUCUUCGUUAGGGAAGUGCGGCCCCAUUGGAGAUCUGACACCCACGUUCUGGGAGUCCACGUCUCUCUCAUCUCUGGACGCAGCGUCAGGUUCGGGCUCCAGCAGCGCCUCGUCCUCCUCUGUCUCGUCCACUCCGCACACGUCCACACCGCACUCGUCCUCCCGCUCGCACAAGCGCUCCGUCUCUGGCGUGUCCAGCUACUCGUCCCUCUCUCUUCCUCUCUACAAUCAGCAGGUGGACGACUGCUGCAUCAUCAGAGUGAGUCUGGACGUGGAGAACGGCAACAUGUACAAGAGCAUUCUGGUGACGAGUCAGGAUAAAACCCCUGCAGUGAUCAGGAAGGCGAUGGUCAAACACAACCUGGACCGAGAGAGACCUGAGGAUUACGAACUCGUGCAGAAAAUCAGUGAGGAUAAAGAGCUGAAGAUUCCAGACAACGCCAACGUGUUUUACGCCAUGAACUCGUCAGCCAACUACGACUUCGUCCUGAAGAAGCGCGGCUUCCCCCGAGUGACUCGCACCAAACAUGUAGCGAGCUCCACGCUGCCCCGCAUGAAGCAGAAAGGCCUGAGGAUCGCUAAGGGCAUCUUCUGAAAAACUCAAACUCCCAUAAUCCCACAGGGCUUGUGGAUAUGCCGCUGAGGUCAAACGUCAGGCCCUAAAAACUGGGAGGGAAUAAAAAAGUCACUGCCAGCUCAGGGGAGGCCGUUUAAGCAUGGCUGUGGAUGUGCGCUCGUGUUUACAGACUCCCAAGAGCUGCCUUCUAGCCGUGAGGUCACUUCCUGUGCCCACUGAGAAGGGGGUCACUUCCUGUGUCGCUACUAUAAGGGUCACUUCUUGUGUCGCUUCUGAGAUCGCUUCCUGUUGAGUGCUGUGUUGCAGACAGCCUUCACUGCCAGAUUAAGGAUGACUCGGAGCAGCGGACAUGUGACCUGGUGUUACUUUUAAAAGUAUCCUCCUGCAACAACAACAAACACAAACACUUAAGGUUCUGAACGAAGUUUCAUGGUGGAAAUCGUGCUAUCCAUUCAUAUUGGUGUGCGAGGGUUUUUCCUUUUUUUGCCAAACAUUACAGAGACUAAAGAGACGAUCGAACAUGUCGAGUAUUUUUGGGCUUUUUUCAGUUCUUGAAAUGAGAAACAAAAAAAAAGUUUUUUUUUGUCUUUUGUCAA